GGACCCAGGCGGUGGUGGCCGGCGACAUGAAGCUCGUCAUCCUGGAGACGUACGCGCAGGCCAGCGAGUGGGCCGCCAAGUACAUCCGCAACCGCAUCGUGCAGUUCAGCCCCGGGCCCGGGCGCUACUUCACGCUGGGGCUGCCCACAGGGAGCACCCCGCUGGGCUGCUACCAGAAGCUCAUCGAGUACUGCCGCCACGGGGACCUCUCCUUCAGAUACGUGAAAACUUUCAACAUGGACGAGUACGUGGGUCUCCCAAGGGAUCACCCAGAAAGUUACCAUUCCUUCAUGUGGAAUAACUUCUUCAAACAUAUUGACAUCUCACCCGAAAACACUCAUAUUCUGGAUGGAAACGCGGCUGACUUACAGGCUGAAUGUGAUGCAUUUGAGGAUAAAAUCAAAGCAGCUGGUGGGAUUGAACUCUUCGUUGGAGGUAUUGGCCCAGAUGGCCACAUCGCCUUCAAUGAGCCUGGCUCGAGUUUGGUGUCAAGAACAAGAGUGAAGACCUUGGCUAUGGACACGAUACUGGCUAACGCCAGGUUCUUUGAUGGUGACCUCUCCAAAGUCCCCACCAUGGCUUUGACCGUCGGAGUAGGCACAGUCAUGGAUGCUAGAGAGGUGAUGAUUCUUAUCACAGGAGCACAUAAGGCCUUUGCCUUGUACAAAGCCAUCGAGGAAGGGGUCAACCACAUGUGGACAGUGUCCGCUUUCCAGCAGCACCCCAACACCGUGUUCGUGUGUGAUGAAGAUGCGACUCUGGAACUCAAAGUUAAGACAGUGAAAUACUUCAAAGGUUUAAUGAUGGUUCACAACAAGCUUGUGGAACCCCUGUACAGCAUGAAGGAAAYGGGAGCAGAAAGAAACCAGUCCAAGAAGCCCUACAGUGAUUAACCUUGUGCUGUUCAGAGUUAUGCUAAGGCACCUCUGCUGUGGAAAACCAGCUGUGAAGAAAGGUGUUUGCUGCAUAAACUCAUCUCACCAGUUCUUAAAUUGGGAAAAUGAUCGUGUGCUUGCUUCUCUCCAUUAAAAAGAGAUGCCAAACAUCUACCUUAAUCAACCAACUGUAGAUGGGAUCCAGCAUACUGAGUUGCACAGGCCUUCACUAUCUUACUCRCUAAAAGUAAAGUCAGCAGAGAAUAAGAAUGUUUAAUCUGUAUGCUCCAGAUUAUGAAUGCUCCAAAACUUAAAUGUGAAGAUGAUGUUGGAGAAAUCAACUAUGUAAUCAUUUAGGAAUGUAUUCCUUGCACUGUGAGAAGUGCAUUGUGUAAUUCCCCCUCCACAAACCACUCCUGCUUCACACUCCUUUAAUGACAGAACUGGACUUGUUCAGCCUGGAGAAGGAGAGGCUCUGUGGGGACCCAGGAGACCUUCGGGACACAACUGGAUAAAGUCUGAUCUGACCUCACUGCAGAACCCUCUCAAGCCUCUUUUCUUGUAGUUUUUUCUUUGAGGAUCAAGUGUUUAAAGGGUGCUAUCGGAGGGCAAACUUCUUCACACUAAGCAUGAAUGAUUUCCACCCYUGCUGUCCAGCGUGCUGUCAUGGGAGAGCCUCAAGCUCUGUCUCCCUUCCCUUACUUUACAGGACUCUGAUUACUAAAAAGGCAUCCAAGGAGAUGCAGCCUUUGAGCUGAGCUUGUGCUCACUUGAGCCCCAUAAAGGCGGGCAAAAGUGUGCGUGGGCAGGACCCCGUCCUUGCUGCCUUGCUCUGCCGCAGCAGGGGCUCCCAGCAAACRCUGUAAGAGCGAGGAGACGGGGAGGAUGUAGUUGGUUCAUACUGGAAU